UCACGAGCCAUCACUAUCUGAUAUUGAAGGAGACUUUGGAGCGUCGUCGCGGCUGCCGCGGUGGUGGUGGAUUGUCUGCCUACCCCAAAGAGGAGGACGCGACGUGUACGUGGAUAAAAAACACUUGGGAAUUUUUAGAAGACGCGCAGAUUCAUGAAGAUGACACAGCCAAUAUAUUGGGCUAUGCUGGUUGGGAUGGCCGUCCUGUUGAUAGGGCAAGGCUUGCCCGCCGUCCACAGUCAAGGCCAGUCUCAAUACGACAAAAAUGUUAUGGACAAUAUUACCGUCAGACAAGGAGAAACAGUCACUCUCAGGUGUGCACAGGGGGAAAUUGUCACACACACGGCCUGGCUAAAUGGCUCAAGUAUACUAUAUGCCGGAGAUGAAAAAUGGUCUGUGGAUCCCAGGGUGAGUCUGGUGACACUUAAUCAAGAGGAGUUUACCAUCAAGAUUGAAAAUGUGGACAUGACAGAUGAGGGCCAGUAUGUCUGCGCUGUCCAGACCAGCAGGCGACCUACAACCAAUGUUGUGCACGUCCUUGUUCAAGUCCCACCAAAAAUCGUCAAUCUAUCAAGAGAUAUGGUGGUUAACGAAGGCUCCAAUGUCAGCGUGCUGUGCCAAGCCAACGGGAAACCAGAACCUUCCAUUAGCUGGAAACUCAUCUCACCUUCAGCCGACCUGGAAUCAAACAGCGAGUACCUGGAAAUCCCAUCCGUCAGCAGACACAGAGCGGGAACGUACGAAUGCAGAGCUGUCAACGACAUCGACACGGAUACCCAAACGCUGGACAUCACCGUCAACUAUGCUCCCACUGUGUCUGAGGGAAGAGACAUUGGCGUUAGACUGGGACAAAGAGGCGUGCUGGAGUGCGAGGCUGAUGCCGUGCCUGAAGCGGACUUUGAGUGGUUUAAAAAUGACAGAAGAUUCCUCAACGGCUUUGAUGGCAUGGAGAUAGUAAACACCGGCUCACUCUCCAAACUGACAUUUUUUAAUGUUUCCGACGGCGACUACGGCAAUUACACCUGUGUUGCCGUCAACAAACUUGGGAGUUCCAAUACAAGUUUUAUUAUGUAUGUGGCAAUUGAACCCACUAGCUCAACACUAUUGCAAGGACCGAGAGCAGUUGAGGAUGGCAGCGGAUCGGCAUUGGGCGUGCACAUAGACACCUCUCUCCUCUCCAUAGUGUUUCUGCUCUUUCUGCUCAAACUUUGAAGAAUGAUACGUACGUAUUUUUAUCGGAUACGUAUUUUCCUUUCAAUUUGCAAACAUACUUAUGCUCAGCGGUCCACAAAGCUGCACCGUUAAUCCACGUGAUAUCGAUUAUAUGCAGUUUCCAUUUUGUUGAAUUGGAGGAUGGCACAAUUGAAUGGGAUUUUCUCCUAACUUUCAGAAGGAUAUUCUAUGAUAGUCAAAACGACUGUGAAUGAUACGUCAAAUGCGGGAAGAGUCAUUUUUUAAGCAAGUGUUGAAAAUGAAUCUUAAAUACCUCAAGGUCAGCUGGAGAAGAAAAGUCAAACGGAUUUAGCUUAGCCUGGAGUUGCUGUCUUUUUUUUGUAAAAUCAUUUCAUUGUAUUUAUUUAUUUUUGAAACUGGGGACAGUUGGAAAUAUGAAGUUGUAUUUAUUUAGGCAAAUAUUUUGGUUUUGCCAAGUCUUUGUUGUUCCUUUUGUUUUUACUAACAAAGAUGUUUACGGAUGGAAAUGGUGGAAACAUCAUUUGACUUCAUAAAGAUGUCAUUCAAGAUAGAAAGAGACUGGUGUUGUUGUUGUUUUUUUGGUGAUAUGGGUUUCAAAUGCAACUCAACUGUUGGACUGUUUUAACACCUUUACAUCCAAAUGGAUAUGUUCGGUAAUAUGCACAUUUUUGAUCACCCAAAGAAUUGAACUCAGUUAUUGUCACAAAAUGGUCUUUUUCAUUAAACAUUCCAUGACUAAAUAUAUCGUCUUGGUUAUUUCUACAGCUACAUUUGAAAUGAAAAUAUU